AUGCCAAUGCUAGAUAAGGCAGAUCUGGUUCUGCCCAGAGGCUCGGUGAUACUCGUGACCGGCGCCACGGGGUUUAUCGCCAGUAAUUUCAUUGUGGAGGCUCUUAAGGCUGGAUACAAGGUUCGUGGUACAGCAAGAUCCACGGGGAAAGCCCAGAAGACCAAGGACGUGUUCAAGUCGCCAAAUUACGAUGCCAUUGUAGUACCAGACAUGGAGGCAGAGGGUGGCUUCAACGAAGCCGUCAAGGGUGUCGAUGCCAUCGUACACAUGUCCUCGCCCGUUUCAUUCAGUCCCAACCCGAAGGAGGUGGUUCCACUUGCAGUGCAGGGCGCAACCUCGAUACUCCGAUCGGCAGCCAAAGAACCCCGGGUGCAUCGUUUCGUCUUUACCAGCUCUAGCACGGCCACUUCGUUACCCACCCCGGGCAAACACUUCAAGAUUGACUCGAAUACAUGGAACACCGAGAUUGACGGGUUUGUGGAUUUCCCUCCACCGUACAAGCCGGAAUACGCGUUUAAUGUGUAUGCGGCCAGCAAGACCAAGGCGGAGGAAGCGAUAUGGGACUUCCGAAAGGAGCACAACCCAAAGUUUGUGAUUAAUAGCAUCCUGCCAAGUUUCAACAUGGGUCGCGUGGUGGAUUCGCCUGGCGGGACAGGCGGGAUGGUCGUCUCUGCGUUUAAGGGGGAUGUGAAGUGGGACUUCCCACCACAGUACAUGAUUAAUGUCGUAGACUGUGCGCGGUUGCAUCUCAUCGCGUUGAUUGACGGAUCACUGGAGAGCCAGAGGAUCCUCGCCUUUGAUACGCCUUUCAACUGGAACGUGGUGCUCGCGCAGUUCAGAGAGAUGUUCCCGGAGAAGCAGUUCCCCGACGACCAACCACAGGGGUCGGAUCUGAGUGAAGUCGACAACAGGCUCGGGGCCGAGCUGUUGGAGAAGUGGUAUGGCCAGAAAAGCUACACGGGUCUGCGGGAGAGCUUGAAGCAGAACGUUGAAGGACUGCUGUGA